CUCGGCAAGUGAUAGCAGCUGUAUAGAAACAAGACCGUUCUACGAAUAGAAACGCUCGCCAGGUUUCCUGAGAAAAUAUCUUGACUAACGGCGAAUUAAAAAAAGAACCAAAACAAAAUAAAAACCACAAUAUUUCGUUAAGCCCUCGUCAGCACAUCGACCACGGGGAGGUUGUGCGUGCUCAGUUGGUGUCGACACGCCUGUGAGUGUGCUGUGUGCUGUGUGCCCUGGUAGAGUAGAUUCACUUCUCUGUUAGGUCUAGGAAUUCUAGGAACAUUUUUAAUCCGUCAUUCUCAGUGUUAUAAUAGGCUAUCAAGCCGUGUUUUGGGACGCCUUGGAACUAGGUCACGAAGUGAGUACACGGAAUUAUCCUCCUGAGGUUACUGUUUGUUUAUUAUUGUAGAACUGACUGUAGGGUAGUGUUGGUCAGGGGCGUAUCUGCAUGGGAACACGACUGGAGUCAAUGUUAUUUAAAUUGGUAUUAAGGUGUAUAAAGAGUGGCGUAACUAUCGGUUGGGCAGACUUUGGGGCCCCAGCUUUACUGGCUUUAGCUACACACUAAAAUUGGGAAGCUAUUAUUAUUAAUAAUAUUAUACAAAGACAAACACAGACAGGUUUACUCUUACGAUUUUAAGUUGUAUACAUUUCAUAUAUACUGUAUGUUUAUUUGUCUACUAUUUAGGAUAAUGUAUUGAACGAUUUUGUGAUGAUAUUGUACGAUUUUAAGAGAUUAUGGGUAAACUGUAAACAGGUCUGUAACAAGACUGACAAACUGGAGAAACAUAGUAUUACAGUCUUCUUGCUCGCCUUAAGACGAGUUGAUUUUAUUUCAUUAUUCACACACGUGUCACAUCAAUAUAAUGUAGGCCGGACCUGUUGAUGACGUAGAUGAAGUAGAUGAAUUAAUCAAAGUGACCUAACCCAUGACACACUAGAGUUCUCGUAGGUCGUGCCUAACCUCACUGUGGCUUUUGACAGAGCCAGUCAAGGGCCAAGGUCGCUGAGAAGACUAGAUGCCAAAAACCCCCGAUUAGAACAGACGUAGCCUAAACAUUGCUGGACCCCCUCUGAGCUUGUAAACUUGUCUCAGGUUGUAAACCUGUCUGUUGUUUUAAAUCUGUCGCAGGGAUUCAUUAGGCGCAACACACAGUACACAAGGCAACGCACCUAUAAAGUUGGUAUUUCUGGUGCCUGUCUAACAGUUAUAUUUUCAACGAUUUAAUAGUUUAGGGAAUUUUAUUGGUAUAUCUGGGUACAUUUUAUUGGUAUACCUGGGUAUAUUGCAUUGGUACACCUGGGUACGUUUUAUAGGUAUAUCUGGGUAUAUCUCAUUGGUACACCUGGGUACGUUUUAUUGGUAUAUCUGGGUAUAUUUCAUUGGUAUACCUGGGUACGUUUUAUAGGUAUAUCUGGGUAUAUUUUAUUGAUAUAUCUGGGUACAUUUCAUUGGUAUACCUGGGUACAUUUUUUAGGUAUAUCUGGGUAUAUUUUAUUGAUAUAUCUGGGUACAUUUUAUAGGUAAAAAUUGGUAAAUUUUAAUCAAAUCUACAUCUUAAUCUACAUCUUAGCUAUAUCUUAUCUGCAUCUUAUCUUCAUCUUAUCCACACCUUAUCUGCAACUUAUCUUCAUCUUAUCUACAUUUUAUCUUCAUCUUAUCUACAUCAUAUGUAAAUCUUAUCUACAUCAAAUCUACAUCUUAUCUACAUCUCAUAGCAUUUCUUUAGUAUGAGCUGUUCCAUAUUUUAAUGAGCUGAUUUAACAUGCAGUUGAUCUCCUGAUGAUUCAUAGACAUAUGUACAUUUUUCUAGGUUUACAUACUUAUUGUGUACACUUGGUACACAUAUACAUGUCUCUAUGGCACUUGGUACACACAUACAUGUCUCUAUGUCACUUGAUUACAAAUAAACUUGUAUCUAGGCCCACGUGCUCAUAUUCGUAAAAAUGCAGGAUUUUUUUUUGGGGGGGGGGGGGGGGAAAAGAUUGGGCCCCCCCCAGGGGGUAAAGAAUUGUCCCGCCCCAGACGGCACUAACCCUAGUUACGCAAGGAUUCCAAAAAAUAUAACUUCAAAAUUGCUCCUGCCAAGGAAAUGUAAUCUCGUUCAUGGGAGAUAAGCUGACUGAUAUGCACAAUGCUCAUAUUUGUUUGCCCAUCUUUUUGAUGUGCCCCUUUCUUGUUUCGUGCCCCCCCCCCCCGGCAUAAUUUGAUGUCCCCAUCUUAUGUGUUGCACCUGUAGUUUGUUGUGCCCCUUGUAGUGUGUUGUGCCCCUUGUAGUGUGUUGUGCCCCUUGUAGUGUGUUGUGCCCCUUGUAGUGUGUUGUGCCCCUUGUAGUCGGUGCUGCCGCCUGUACUUUUUGAUACAAAAACUCUUAUUUUGGUUCAACUAUCAACUUUACUGCAUCUGUCUUUGUUGUCCAUGUUAGUAGUUUGGUACCCUUUUAAUAUUUGAUGAGUUCAGUAAUACUUGAAGACCUUUGUGACAUUUGAUGUCCUUCCUCACACACAACCCCCCCCCCCACACACACACACACACCGUCAACUGUUGACACUGCCCAAGGCCACACUAGAAUGUGUUUCCUUGUGUCGAGUGGCUGUGUUAUCAUCUCACACCGUCAACUGUUGACACUGCCCAAGGCCACACUAGAAUGUGUUCCCGUGUGUGUCGAGUGGCUGUGUUAUCAUCUCACACAUAAACAGUAUACUUGUGCUAUCACAUUGUUUCCAGAUCGACCAGAUCACGUGACAAGUAGGCGGAGCAAUGGAGGCAACACCUGAUAGCGACAUUGUCACCCCAAACGAAGGUGAGAUAACCAUUCCCCCCCCCCCCAAGAUCAUUUCAAGGACUUAUUGAAACGUCACACAAAACAGUAUACUUGUGCUAUCACAUUGUUUCCAGAUCGACCAGAUCACGUGACAAGGAGGCGGAGCAAUGGAGGCAACACCUGAUAGCGACAUUGUCACCCCAAACCAAGGUGAGAUAACCAUUCCCCCCCCCCCCAAGAUCAUUUCAAGGACUUAUUGAAACGUCACACUAGGUAACACACGCGAUGACACAUUCAAGGACACAGUGAGACAAUUGUCAAAGCCUCGUGGUUGAGGUUUAUUUGAACAGCUCUUUCAUUAAAUUUGCAGAACUGAUAUGAUGUCAUUUUGAACCAGGGAAUUCUUCUAAAUAGAAUGAAAGAGCACAUCGACACGCAGCUAUGAGAAUGGCUGCCACUGAAAUAGAUCAUGCACAGGCGAAAUUGCAACACUACGCAUGGAAUGUCAUCACCCCUAUGUCUUAAUUUCAUCGACUAAGAAAAUGUCUUUGAAAGCCUGGACCGAUCAAUCCUGUGGGAACGGCUCCAGCACUGUGGGUCUCAGAAAAACUCAUCAGCAUCAUUCACAGUUCUUAUAAAGAAAUAACAUACAGGGUGGUACACGAUGAAAGGCUCACAUUAAGGUAGACUCACAAUAAGGUAGACUCACAGUAAGGUAGACUCACAGUAAAGUAUACUCACAGUAAAGUAUACUCACAGUAAGGUAGACUCACAGUAAGGUAGACUCACAGUAAAGUAUACUCACAGUAAGGUAGACUCACAGUAACGUAGACUCACAGUAAGGUAGAUUCCCAGUAAGGUAUACUCAAGUAAGGUAGACUCACAGUAAGGUAGACUCAAGUAAGGUAGACUCACAGUAAGGUAGACUCACAGAAGCCUUUAAAGUGGAAACAGGAGUCAGACAAGGAAGUCUCUUAUCUCCCUUCCUACUCAUCCUUGCCAUUGACUGGAUAAUGAAAUAAUCCACGGACAAAAAGAGGAACGGGAUACAGUAGACACUCUGGGAACAACUGAAUGAUUUAGACUUUGCAGACGACAUUGCACUUCUGUCUCACAACCAGCAACAAAUGCCGGAAAAUACAAAACACGUAGCCACCAUUUCAGCACAGCUCGGACUCAAUAUAAAUUUUUAAAAAGACAAAGGUCAUGAAGGCAAACUCAGCCAAACAAUAGAAUGUGUCUCUGGCAGGAGAUGCCCAGGAAGAAGUAGAGUCCUUCACAUACUCAAGCAGCACCGUUGACUUAAAAGGUGGACCCGAAACUGGUGUUAGGGCUCGAAUUGGAAAGACUUGUUCAGCAUUUGUGCAUUUACAGAAAACAUGUGAAUCUGAAGAGCUGACUCACCAAACUAAAAUCAAAAUUUUUAACACAAAUGUCAAAACAGUCCUGUUGUAUGGAGAGGAGACUUUGAGAACAUCAAUCAUCACAGACCUUCACAAACAUUUGCCCUAGAAAGAUCCUGAACAUCAAAUGGCCUAACAUCAUUACCAACAGAGACUUACUGGAAUGGACAUACCAGGAGCCUAUCGCUGGAGACACCAUAAGGAAAAGAUGGAGGUGGAUAGGACACUCUCUUAGUUAACCCCAAAUAACAUCAUCAAACAAUUCCUGACAUGGAAUCCUUUGAUAAAAAGGAAAAGAGAACAGCCAAAAAUACAUGGAGCCUCAAGCUAGAGGCAGGCACACAAAGUAGGGGAUACACCUGGAGGCAACUGCAAGAAAAGCACAGGGCUGAGAUGAAUGGAAAAUUCUUGUGUACGGCCUAUGCCAUAGACAGGGUAGUGUUGUUUGUUCCUAUGCCAUAGACGGGGUUGUGUUGUUUGGUUUGUUCCUAUGCCAUAGACGGGGUUGUGUUGUUUGUUCCUAUGCCAUAGACGGGGUUGUGUUGUUUGUUCCUAUGCCAUAGACGGGGUUGUGUUGUUUGUUCCUAUGCCAUAGACAGGGUUGUGUUGUUUGUUCCUAGGCCAUAGACGGGGUUGUGUUGUCUGUUCCGACUCAUUACACCCACAUCUUUGAAUCUUGUACACAUCAAUUAUAUCAAUAAUCAUCUGUUUUAGUUUUAACUUUUGGAUGAAAUUAUUUUACAAUAUGUAUAUCCGAUUGACCACCACACCAUGACAGGUUUCCAUGAGGUCGAGGUCAGUGGCGAGAACGAGGUUGAGAUUGGGGAAGACAACGACGUGGCCGAUCUCGACCGUGUCUCGCCCUCGCGCUGCCAGAAAGAAGCCUGCCACCACAAGUACAUACUGACCGACAAGCUGACGCUCUGCGACUUCCCGAAGCGAUACCGUGACAGAGAUGUCCUGCAGCUGGCCAAGGUGCUCGCCCUGUUGACGGUGAAGGUCAGGGUCGGCUACGUCAGUCGGGAGAGGCCAGAGUUCAGUCCAGAGAAUCUUCGCUACCCGUUGUACACUUUAAGAGGCCAGAGCAUCGUGUCGUGUGGCAGCGGGCGAAUCUGGGACGUGGAAAUGUGAGUUUAACCACACCACUCACCACAGGGUUGUCACGUGUGGUUAUCAAUUUGAUGUCUGUAAAAACGUGACUAUUUUUUGAAGUGAAACAAAACGGGAUAACUUAAUAUUAGUGAUGUCUCCUUAACUCAGUAUGAGUGAUGUCUUCUUAACUCAGUAUGAGUGAUGUCUUCUUAACUCAGUAUGAGUGCUGUCUUCUUAACUCAGUAUGAGUGAUGUCUUCUUAACUCAGUAUGAGUGAUGUCUUCUUAACUCAGUAUGAGUGAUGUCUUCUUAACUCAGUAUGAGUGAUGUCUUCUUAACUCAGUAUGAAUGAUGUCUUCUUAACUCAAUAUUAGUGAUGUCUUCUUAACUCAGUAUGAGUGAUGUCUUCUUAACUUAAUAUUAGUGAUGUCUUCUUAACUCAGUAUGAGUGAUGUCUUCUGGCUUGCUUGAAAUUUGAAUGAUAAUAAAUAAUUGAGCACUGAUGAGAUCGCUAUACAUGGUGUCAUAUACAGUUAAAAUUUAGAUUACAUUUUUAUUUCAUAUUUAUAUAAAAAAAUGUUCCCCACCCCAAUAUAACCUUUAAAUGCACCCCCUAUGGGGUGUCUGUUGAGAAACACUGUCUUUGUAAUUGAAACUACUAAAAAAAAAUUGAGACUCCCUGCAUUAAAAAUGGAUCAUUUCUAUUGCAGCAUCACUCCGGAACAGAACCGGAAAUGUGAGUGUCGUGGAUGCCGCGCCUCAGACACGCCCAUCUACGCCUGGGCCUACGUCUACGUUGACACGGCCACCCACGUGGUGUUUGACAACGACGAGGCAAAGAGCACCGACUGCUGGUGGGGCUACGACUCCCCGUGCGCCCCCCACGUCAUCCUGGAGGGCGUGGCCAUGAAGGACCGGAACUUCGCGCGUGACACCUUCCGGAUCGCGUGCGUCACGCACGACCUUGACCUCGUCAGGAGGCUGCAGGGGUGGACGCGGGAGUACGAGGAGCUGUUCUGGGAGGUGACCAACAAGUACGACGGGUCAGAGCAGGAGGUCAAGGACAAUCUGAUCAUCAUCGUCUCCCACCCUCACGGCUGCUACAAGCGGGUGUCCCUGGGGCCCUGGGAGAGCCGCGAGGAGCUGAGCGACAAGCGCACCAGGUACUCGUACACCGCCAGCACGUGCCAGGGCACCAGCGGGGCGCCCGUCUUCAUCAUCGGGAGGGAGGGCUGGGAGUGGUACACGCACGCCCACAGCUGGACGGACAACAAGCCGGGCAAGACCUCCAACUUCAGCUGUUACCGGUGGUUCUAAAAAUUGCCGGAAUGGCUCAGGUUUUCGCAUUGGACAUGUAUGGAACAUAAUUAUGAAAAUUGGUUUUGACAUUGGGGAUGAAAACGGUCACAUAUGAUCCUGGGGAUAAGGGUUAUGGCAAAAUGGAGCUGACACACUGAUUUUACAUAGUUUUAAUAUGUAUCCUUUCUUCCACCGUCUGGUGCUUCUAAUAUUUAUAAUAUUGACAAAUGGUUUUAUGUAUUGCUAUUAUGAAAAUUAGUCCCACCUACCUAUUGCCCCACCUACCCAUUGCCCCACCUACCCAUUGCCCCACUUACCCAUUGUCCCACCUACCCAUUGCCCCUUAAGAUUGCUGUUUUCAUGACCCACGCUGUCAACAAAAAAUAGUUCCAAGGCCGAAUGAGUGUGAUAAAAAAAGGAAGUAAGCAGGGUCGUAGAAUUUCGGGGAGGGAAAGGGGGUAACUGUCUGGGUGACAAAAUCGUUAUUUUUCAUGCAAAAUAUGUG